CUUUAGUUAAGCAAGGACUCGCUCAAUCGGCACGGUGUAUGUAGCAAUAGCAAGAAGAGCGCAUAACACCUUUGGGCUCCUGCGUCGGUAAGCCAGAGGCUAGGAGCAGCAGAGAGCUCUGGCACGAUCUCCCCCUACGUUGUUCCCAACAUCCUGGACAACCACCUCAGCACCGACCCUUGCCUCACCUUAUUAACGCGCGCCUCCUCGCUUCAACUCACCUACGGCGUGCCUGUUCAUGCCAAUGUGUAGAAUCAAAUAUCCGCCGCUCACUCCUCGCAUGACACCUCAGGAAUAGUAGCAUCGCCGCGACAGCAGACACCCAAUGGCGCCGGUGCGGGCCAACAGCGGCUCAGGCAGCCGGCCAGCCGCCCCGACGUCGUCCCUUGGCCGGAUAUGGAGGAACACUCAUGCGCCCGACUACGUUGGCUUCCUCGUCUUGCUCGCGGCCUGGAUCGUGAUCGUCAGUCUCGUCACGCCGUUCCACCGCAUGUUUUUCAUCAACGAUCUCACCAUCUCGUACCCGCACGCCGAACAUGAGCGCGUCUCCGUCCCCAUGAACUUUGUCUACGCCCUCUUCGUACCCCUGGGCGUCCUCAUCGCCUUCAACAUCGCCCGCCGCAGCCCCUUCGCCAAGCACGAGGCCACCUACCUCCCCUUCCUCAUCAGCAUCACCCUCACCUCCGUCCUCACCGACAUCGUCAAGAACGCCGUGGGCCGCCCCCGGCCCGACCUCCUCGCUCGCUGCGCCCCAGCCCCUGGCACCAAGCCCGACGUGCUCGUCACUAUCGACGUCUGCACCGCCACCCCGCGCGACGGCCAUGCCCUGCAGGACGGCUGGCGCUCCUUCCCCUCGGGUCACUCGUCAUUUUCCUUUGCCGGGCUCGGCUUCCUGAGCCUCUUCCUCGCCGGCCAACUGCGCGUGUUUCGUUACGCUGCGGGUGGCCGCGACCUCAGCCGGGCGCUGCUCUGCCUGACUCCCCUUGUCGGCGCCGCAUUGAUUGCCAUCUCCCGCUGCGAGGACUACCGCCACGAUGUCUACGACGUGUGCGUCGGGUCCGCCCUCGGCAUGGCGGUAGCUUAUUGGAGCUACAGACGGCAUUGGCCGCGGCUGUCGGCGGCCACGUGCGAUGAGCCGUAUCCGCCGCCGAGCGCAGAAACCCGGUCGCCGGCGUGGCAUCGCGUUCGCGAUGAGGAGGAGGGCGUCGACGUAGGCCACGAUUAUGAACUGGAACAUGUCCCAUCCGCGAGAGGCUGAUAUUGCAGCAGGGUCUCCGAUGAUAGAAGGGCUCGGAUAGGGAGCGGUAUUCUGGCUAUAGCAGAGCCCUGGCUAUAGCAGGGCUUGUAUGAUAGACGUAUGGCAUGACCAGCGCGCGUUACCAAAUGUAUUGUUACAAGGCUGUCUGAGCAGUAUCAACGGCAGCAGCCCAUACUAUGUCGUCUAAUCCCACC